UAUUUAUCUCUCCUAUUGUAGUCUAUGAAAAACUUAAUCGUAUUUGCGGAAUAGACCAGUCAGGUUAUGUUAAAAAGAAUGUCGGAAAAUGAAAUUAGACAAGCUCUGCGAGUAGUUUUGAACAAAAUUGAGCAAGCUUGUCAACGAAGAAACCCCGAAUUGCAAGAUGUGACCCCUCAACUGGUGGCUGUAAGCAAACUCAAGCCUGUUGAGUGCAUAUUAGAGGCCUAUGAGGAAGGUCAAAGACACUUUGGAGAAAACUAUGUGCAAGAACUGAUAGAAAAGGCUAACAAUCCUGCUAUCUUGGAAAAAUGUAAGGACAUUAAGUGGCAUUUCAUAGGUCAUUUACAAUCAAACAAAGUCAACAAAAUCUUGUGUCUGCCCAAUUUACACAUGAUUGAAACUGUUGAUUCACAAAAGCUGGCUACUCAGAUAAAUAAGAGUUGGCCCAACUAUGGAGCACCUGAUACUAAACUCAAAAUAUUCAUCCAAGUUAACACUAGUGGAGAGGAAGAAAAAAGUGGAAUUGAACCAAAAGAAGUUUGUAACCUGGCAAAGUACAUUUUGGAUGAAUGUCCAAAUUUACAAUUACAUGGGCUAAUGACUAUUGGCAAAUUUGGCUAUGAUCCAAAGGAUGGACCCAAUCCUGACUUUAUCAGCUUAAUAAAAUGCAAAGAUGAUUUGUGUAAAACACUCAGUGUGGAAAGAAAAAAUGUCAAUCUUUCCAUGGGCAUGUCUGAUGAUUAUGAGCAAGCUAUUGAAAUGGGAAGUACCAAUGUGAGAGUUGGUUCAAGUAUAUUUGGUACAAGGCCUCAAAAGAACUAAGAAUUAAACAAAAUUGAUCUGUUAUAUUUUUAUUGUUAACAAAAUAUGUAGAAACACCUAAUGGGAUAUUUACAUAUGAUGUAGUUUUUUAAGAAAAUUGUGAUAAAUAAAAGCUAGAUUCAUGUCUAA